AUGGUAUACACUUCGUUGACUGCCAUUCCCCGCAACGUGAAGGAGGGUAUUGACUGGUUGGUGGCCUUGAAGGGAGAUGACCCUGCAAAGAACUUGAAGGCUAUCAGUGAGGCAGUUUACAACUUCCUCGCGGACAAGCCCGUCGGCAAGCUUGAUUUGCCAGCCCUCGAAAAAGCUAAGCUCAUUUCUAAGGGGUUCCUAAGGCGGCAGGUCCUCAACGACCAGCCAUUCGUUAAGGAGUUGCUCGGAAAGUUCAAUGGCUCCAUCCACAAGGAAUACUACAAAUACCUUAGCUUCGUGUAUGAUAUUGCAGAAAGCGAGUAUGAGAACAUCAUCGAAUCCAGGGGUGAGACUGCGGAAACCGUUGAAGAUAACAUAACUAAAGUGGUGCACGCAACGGAGAUGUUUUUGGAUGAUGUCAAAAACUCUGACAAGUACACGUCUGCCUACACUCCGGAAGCGACGUGGAAUGCUUCAUGCUCGAAGGAUCCGGAAGUGUGCGCCAUGGUAUUCGUCGGCAUUGCGCCAAUGCUGUACACGGGCCUGCGCUUCUUGAAAGAUACAUGCACAAGUGCUAUUCUGGAAGGAGAGCGUUCUAUGGGAGAAAAGCGCCUGGGAAGUGUACUGGAAGCACUGGGUUACAAUGAGCAGCUGAGGCGAUCCAAGAUGGGUGGUUCCGAUUUAAACAAGGCUUUGAGCGGUGUUGAUAAGGAUGUAUUGGAUAUAAUAUAUGAUUUUGCCGGAUUCUGGGCUUUCUACUGA